GAUGCCGGAGCGCACACGGGAGCGGGAGACGGAGCGCGGAGGAGAAGGAGCGGAGAAGUACUCCACUUUUCCUUCAUGCAACAAGGUCAUGUGUGACAUUUCAACCUGACGCCAUUUUCAUCCCUGAAGAUGUUACACCGCCGACAAAUCAAACCUUGGCGCUAGGAUUUUGGGACACGGACUUCCAGGAACGCAAACAAACAUGGACAACGUGUCAGACCACGGCGCAGCGUCUCCGGCGCUGUGCGACGACUCGGUGGACUUCCACUCGCUCCCCUCGGGCAACAGCAGCGGCACGAACUGCACGCCUCCCGCCGAGUUCUACUUCUACGCCGACCUGUACGUCCUCCUGCCCAUCAUCUACUCGGUCAUCUGCGCCGUGGGCCUGACGGGCAACACGGCCGUCAUCUACGUCAUCCUCAAAGCGCCCAAGAUGAAGACGGUCACCAACAUGUUCAUCCUCAACCUGGCCAUCGCCGACGACCUCUUCACGCUGGUGCUGCCCAUCAACAUCGCCGAGCACCUGCUGCACUACUGGCCCUUCGGCGAGGUGCUGUGCAAAGUCAUCCUGAGCAUCGACCACUACAACAUCUUCUCCAGCAUCUACUUCCUGACCGUGAUGAGCGUGGACCGCUACCUGGUGGUCCUGGCCACCGUCCGAUCCAAGCGAAUGCCGUACCGCACCUACCGGGCGGCCAAGAUCGUCUCCCUCUGCGUCUGGGUGCUGGUCAUCCUCAUCGUGAUGCCGUUCAGCAUCUUCGCCGGCGUCUACCUCGACCCCGGCGACGGCAGGAAGAGCUGCGUGCUCAGCUUCCCUGCCCCGGAGAGCUCCUGGUUCAAAGCCAGCCGGAUCUACACCCUCAUUCUGGGCUUCGCCAUCCCCGUGUCCACCAUCUGCAUCUUGUACACCGUGAUGCUCUACAAGCUGAGGCACAUGCGACUGAACAGCAAUGCCAAGGCACUGGACAAGGCCAAGAAAAAGGUGACCAUCAUGGUCUUCAUCGUCCUGGCCGUCUGCUUGUUCUGCUGGACGCCGUUCCACCUCAGCACCAUCGUGGCGCUGACCACCGACCUGAGGACCACGCCGCUGCUCAUCGGGAUCUCCUAUUUUAUCACCAGCCUGAGCUACGCCAACUCUUGUCUCAACCCUUUUCUCUACGCCUUCCUAGACGACAGCUUUCGGAAGGCCUUCAGGAAGAUGCUGGAAUGUCGGCCAGCCUGAAGAAACUAAGGUGGAGUCUUCUCCAUUGGCGUAGAGCUGUCGCCGGUGAAAGACGUGGAAGCGGUUUAUCGGAAAGCUAUCGGAAAUAAAUCGUCCAAGACAUUUCCCGCUCGUUGGCCAUGUUUCCAGGCACAUGCUUUGGGA